AUGCAGGACGUUUCAUACAAUACUACCAUUUCGAACGGAUCCGUUGACACAAAUUACCAAGAUGAAGACGAUGAGGAUAACGUUGCUCUUCAAACACUUGUCAUUUACGCAAACAGAUAUCUAUUGCCUAUCAUUAUAGUAACCGGAUUCCUGGGAAAUACUAUAUCAUUUUUUGUUUUCAUAUGCUCCCGUCUUAAGCGUAUUUCCACGUCGGUUUACUUAGCGGCGCUGUCCAUCUCGGACACUGGAUUCUUGUUUUGUGUAGGAUUUGGAUGGCUUGACGCAAUGGGAAUACGCUUCUUUCACACAAAUGGAAUUUGUCAGAUCGUCGUCUACAUGACGUUUGUGUUUAGUUUUACAUCAGUAUGGUAUGUAAACGCGUUCACUAUAGAGAUGUAUGUCGCCGUUUUCCAUUCCACAAAAAGCGCUAAAGUGUGUAAACCAAGAUUUGCCCGACGGGCCGUGAUUGGUCUGACAUCGUUUGCAGCUCUAUUUUACAUGUUUGCCUUCUGGACUGCAAAAGUUGCAACUGACGGGACCGAACAGAAAUGUAUGUCGACAUCUAGUGAUAGAGACACAAUGAUGGUUUUGUCGAUACUAGACACAUUUCUAACGCUCUUACUGCCUUUUUCUAUGAUAAUCUUCAUGACAACACGUCUGUUAAUAGAUAUCUCGAGGUUAUACAAAAAGACACCCGAAAACAGAAACGGUUCAAACAACAACAGUGUGAGUGAUUCUCAACUCGACAGCAACGAAUCGACUGGUGCUCACGACCGUGUCGCAAAGCAGGCUGUAAAAGCACAGGCGAAGCUCAAGCGCAUGUUGGUAGUUGUAGUUAUAGUUUUUGUUGUACUGAAUCUACCAAGUCAUGCCAUACGUGUGCAGUUUUUCUUUCGUAGCAUCACAGAGUCACACUACGCUGUGUCUCGUACGGAAAUUUACUGGCAGCACAUUGUUCAAAUUUUAUACUACACAAAUUUUGCAGUCAAUUUUGUGUUAUACAGUGCUUGCGCUAAAAGUUUCAGACAUGCGCUGUUAAGACUACCUCUAGCAAGUUGUGCCGAUGACUGUUCAUGCAUCAGAAAUCCAUUCAGCAUACUUCUUAACAAAAAAAUCCGAAAAGGCAAAUUGUCCGACGUAAGUUCUCCGAUUGGUCGCAAUGAUGGGAACAUCAACUCCCGUCUAGUAGAAAUCCAUUUGUCGGAAAUCCAAAUUUCCCAGCUGCCGUCCCUCGAUAGUGAAUAUGUGUGCCAGUCCCCGCCCUGUUUACUCAGUCCGGAACAGGCCAUCCAAGAAUAA